UUGAAAUUUCAAUGGCUAGAAGACGAGCAGAAAAAUAAUGAACGCAGAUGACGCUACGGUCGCCAUGAUUGACAAGGACAGGGAGCCAAUCGGAUCGCGCGUUCUUCGGGUGUGAAAGAGAGCGACAAACAACAACAGCGUAUUAUUGCUCAAAGAAAACGUCCCGUGAUGCAUUGAGCCCCCCGCCGUAACGAAAUAACGUGGUCGGUAUCGUAUGUUUAUCAGUGUUUCUUCGCGGUUUAUAAGUUGAAAAACGCUUGUAAUUUUCAUAACUCUUAAGUGGACAGAUGACUUGAACUUCAAAUAUGGAUAUAGCGCAAAGAUUGAAUUUUGACGCCAGUGACAUCGAAGAUGAAGAACUGAAUAUCAGCUGUCAAUCGAACGGUUCAGGUUCAGGUUGGACUACAGAAAUUGGCAUCCCUUUUUAUGAAAGGAGGCAACCUACCAGUAUGUCGAUGGCAUGUAGUCCACCAUAUAAGCGUGUUCGAGCGCUUAGACUGCUUGACUCACCAGCAACGCCCAAAACAUUGAUGAAGGAAAGUACCACUCUUACUCCGCUUCCAUCUAGAGGUGUAAAACUGUUUCACAUGGAGAAGCCAAAACCUCUCGCUUCUUGUUACCAUAGUCAACCCGAAAAGCCUGCAGCUAACGUUAAUCCUUUCACUUCAAAUGGUAUGGUGCUCGUUGCUAGAAAGAGAACAAGGUCCAAGCGGAGUCUGAAUAGUUCUCCUGAGCUUAGAGCACCAUCUACAGACUCAGUUGACUUAGAACAUUCAGACACCGAAGUAGAGCAACCAACUAAACGUGUAGCUCUUCAUGAAUCUAACAUAUCAAGAUAUCACCAGGAAUUUCUGGAGCUCGAGUUGAUUGGCGUUGGAGAGUUUGGGUCUGUUUUCAAAUGUAUCAACAGGCUAGAUGGUUGCAUCUAUGCAGUGAAAAAAAGUAUCAAACCAGUUGCUGGAAGUGUAAAUGAAAAAAAUGCGCUCAAUGAAGUAUAUGCACAUGCAGUACUUGGCAAACAUCAACAUGUAGUUCGCUACUAUUCUGCAUGGGCAGAAAACGAUCACAUGGUUAUUCAAAACGAGUAUUGUAAUGGCGGUAGUUUAGCAGAUGCAAUUUCAAAACUACAGGCUGAAAAAAGGAACUUUACUGAAGCUGAAUUGCGUCAACUUCUGAUACAUAUUGCUGAGGGACUCAGAUAUUUACAUUCAAUGCAGUUAGUCCACAUGGACAUCAAACCAGGCAAUAUCUUCAUAUCGAAAGAAAAAAGACUACGCGCUGUAGACUACGAUUCUGCAGAUGAUGGUUUUGACGAGGAAGACACAGUCGAAGAAGAAAUUACUUACAAACUUGGAGACUUGGGUCACGUUACUUCGAUUAACAAUCCGCUAUUUGAAGAGGGUGAUUGUAGAUAUCUACCUGCUGAGAUCUUACAUGAGGAUUUAGCCCACAUGCCUAAGGCUGAUAUCUUUGCAUUGGGAUUGACUAUUUAUGAAGCUGGGGGUGGUGGCGCGUUACCUAAAAAUGGUCCUGAUUGGCAUGAAAUUAGGAAUGGGAAGCUAAAGGAACUGCCACAAUAUAGUAGAGAUUUUAACGAGCUAUUGAAGCUUAUGAUUCAUCCGAAGCCUGAGAUGCGGCCGUCAGCAGUAACGCUGAUUCAACACAGAGUCCUAUGUCCUUUUGGAAAAAAAACUAAAGCACAACUUAGGCGGGAGUUGAAUGCAGAAAAAUUGAAGAAUGGAAUCCUGUCGAAACAACUCCAAGAAGCUGCUAAGUGCCUGAAGACACUAGCGCCCAAUAUGACUGCUAUGAAUACUACAACUAAUCUUGGAGGCUAUAGGCUAAGGCCUACACCGACUAGAACCUCAUCUCGAACUGUUGGGAAAAAGGUCAACCGUAGCAACAGCGCAACUAUCUUUUAAUACCUAACGAUUUGUUUAUUUAUUAGAGGAGAGGGAAAAAAGUCAACGCAUCCCAAAGACAGGUGUAAUGCCAGGCGAUGCAUUGAUGUUGUGAUAUGCAAGUAAACUUAGUACGUAAGUCGAAAUGUAAUAAACUUUAAACAAAACAAAAUUCGGUGCGUAGAGUAAAAUGCAUUGCCGUAUAUUUAUUUUGAAGUUUAGCUAUAUGACUGAUAUGACAAGGUAAUAAGUCGUAUAAUUUACGGGGUAAAAGAAAAUUUUUAGGGAAUUGAGUCUAUGUCGUGGUUGACAAAUAUUUUUCUGUACUAACAUGCGUAAAAAUUAGAUCUAUGUGCUCUAUUUUUGCUUCAAACCGUGCUUUGUCAUUGCUUAUUUUUUUUUUUUAUAUUAGUAUCCCAAAAACAGAUAUAGAGACGUUACCGUGGCAAAAUCUUUACCGGUAACGAGUUUAAAUGACAGAUGAAUAAGAUAUAAAUACCCUGCACAGACAGCACUAUUCGCAGGAUUAUUGAAAUGCUGGCAUUUUUCGUGGAAAUUUGUUUGGGUGGCCAGAUAAAGUGAAAGGAUCAUUAUUUUCUCCUUAUCACUUUUUAAGUUAUAAUUUGGUUGCUAAAAUCAUGUUUAUUCUAUUCCUUUUUUGUGUGUGCUGAAAACAUCGUAAACAAAUUCUGCCUCUUGUGGUAACCCAUUGUCGUAUAUAGAAAUUUGACUCUGCAUGCUACACAAUAGUAAAAGUAUACUCACGCUAUUAGAUAUGUGGAGUGAAGUGCAGUAUAUUUUCUGAACUGAAACUUUAUUUUUUUAUCACGCUGAAUUAUUUUUUAAUAAUUUUAAUGAGUACCUUUUUCAGUAUGCAUCAAAUAUCUUGUCACACUACAUGUACUCUAUUAUAUGUUUCACAUAGAAUAGAUGUUGAAUAAUUAAACUAAACGUUAGGAGCAAAAUAUGUUAUUCUUAGUCUCUAGUUACGUUUGAGUUACUAGGUUCAAAUUUCAU